AAAGGGAGGAAAGCCCCAGAAGGUACAUGGGGGAGGGAAAGGCACGUCGCUGCUGCAAAGGCUGCCGCCCGCCGGUGGGAGAGCGCCCCGGCGGCGGCGGCGGCGGCGGCGACGGCGACGGCGACGGCGGCGGGCGGGGAGGGGGCGAGGUCCCCGAGGCAGCCCCUCGGCUCGCCGCCCGCCGGGUCCCGCCCGGAGAAUGCUCUUCCUCUCUUCUCCCGGCGUCCUCCUCCUCACGGCCCCGCGGCGAGUCGUCUCUCCCGCGGAAUCCGGACGAAAUUCAUCUCCCUCGCAGCGUCUGCCGGGGCCUGACGCGCGGCGCGGCCGAGCCGGGAGCGCGGGCUGCGGCGGCGCUCGCCCCGGCUCCGGGGGCUGCGGCUACUCGGCCGCCCGCGCCCGCCCCAUGGCGGGGGUCGCCGGCCGGGGGCCUGCGCCGCGCCGGGCGGACAGCCCGCUCUCCCCCCUCGGCCGCCCCGAGGUUCCCGACGCCCUGGCGCGGGGCGGGCGGGGGGUUGACGGGGGCGGGGGUCUGGAUUCAGAGGACGCGGCCGGCUCUUUCUCCCCCUUCUUCACGCCCGGGGGCUAAGGGCAUCUUUCCCCGACGAGGCGCAGGAGGAGGGGUUGGUGCCGCCGCUGAGGCGAGCAGAGGCUGCGGCAGCCCGGCUCGCAACCACUCCCUUCCUCUCCGUCCCACCCCUCCCCCGCCUUCCCGGCCUGGCGCGCUCGCGCCCUGGGCUCCGCGAGGCUCCCCUAGCCCCCGCCGCGCGCGCCGGCCCGAAGCGCGCCGCCGCGCCCGGAUCCAAUAUGGCGGCCCGGCCGCGGGCGCGCGCCGCCCCCCGCCCCGCCCCGUCCCCGCCCGAGUCCGAGUCCGCGGGCCCAGCCGGGGUCGGUCUCGCGGCCGCGCGGAGCAGAGCCGAGGUUCCGGCGGUACGCGGGCCGGGGCGAGGGAGGCUGCACCCUGGCGGGAGGGUGGGAGCCGGCGGGGCCGCGGCCGCCGCGACGUGGAACACAGUGAUGCGAGAGGACCCGCGGAGGCCUCUGGUGCGGACGGCAAUCGGGCCUCGCCCGGCGCGCUCGGAGCACCACCUGUCCCGCACGUUUGCUCGGGGUUUUGGGGGGCCAGGAACUGCCGGCGUCCGGCUCCCCCCAGACCUGCGGAGGACGGUGUCUCUCUCACCGCCCCUUACCUGCGCACCACCCGCCCCCCAAAUGCGGUGCCCGAGCUCAACCGACUAGGAGUUACCCUGGUGUCUAAUUACACCACUUCGUGUGUCAUUCCCAGGACAAAUGCAGUGACACACUCGUGGGCGCUACCGUCCCAGUCGGGAGAGUGCCUGCCAAGGGCAUAA